AUGACAAGUGUUUUUGGCCAGUGCAAAAAACCACAUUUCUUGAGCUCGCAACAAAAGCGGAUAACUAGGCACGUUUGGCCGAAUCAUCCUAAAGGGCAGAGCCAUCCUGAAAAGAACAGUAAAGUCAUCGUGAAAGUGCCUGACAAAUCGUGGGCAGUCAAACAUGAAACAUGCCAAGACUCAUUCUCACUUUGGUCGAACAUCAGAGCAGACAUGGUUUCCAAGUCUCUUCUUUCCAACUUGGUGAUUUUGGGAUUGGUGCUUUUGAUUCGUGGAGAAGACUUGAAGAACCAAAGACAUGGAAAACAAUUCAGUCUCUUCAACAUUAUCACGUUUGAGCAAACCACUUGCAACUUGCUUUCGGACAGCACAUUACAAGGCACCUGCUUGACCACUAGCGAGUGCGUCAGCCAAGGAGGAACAGUUGAUGGAAAUUGCGCUGCAGGGUUCGGAUCAUGUUGUUUAUUUGAGAUCAAGUCAAACACUGGCACCAUUACAAAGAAUUGCACAUACAUUCAGAAUCCUGAAUAUCCGAGCACAUCCCCGCCAUCACAAGAGUCUGCAUUCACUUUUAGUCGGAUAGCUGAGAAUCUUUGUCAAAUCAGAUUGGACUUUGAGAAUUUCGAGUCCGCCCAACCUCCCUCGGCCCCGACUCUUUUGCAUGGAGAUUGCGCCACUUCUGGUGACUUUUUGACGAUCACGAGUCCCACCCAAUCGAGUCCGCCAGUCACUUGUGGAACUCUCACCGGCCAGCACAUGUAUUUUGAAACGGGUGACAGUGGAACCGCGGGUAUUGCCGAAAUCACCUAUGGAGCUUCCCCAGCCAUGCGGACCUUUAAGAUCAAAGUCACUUUCUACGAAUGCGACAACCUGAACAAGGCUCCUGCUGAUUGUGUUCAAUAUAUUACUGGCCAAAACGGCCAAUUCGAGUCUUACAACUUCCAAGGUGGUCAACUCAUAAACAAUCAGAACUAUGUCACUUGCAUUCGACGAGAGGAAGGUUAUUGUACCAUUCAAUAUUCUGAGGCUUCGUCGACAACAUCACCUGCAUUCGACUUAUAUGAGGACGACGGAUUUAUUGUUCCUGGAGAUCCUCGAAAUGCAAAGAUUGAUGCCACAACGUGUCCCACCGUUGUUCAAUUUGGAUCCACAGCCACAGGAAGUGGGUCUCAUUGUGGAGGAGUUCUAAAUACCGUUUUGGAUUCCAAUACCCCUGGAUCUGUGAUUGGUACUUCUUCUCCGUUUCGAGUGACAACAAUCUUUGGCGAUAUGCUUGGUAUUCCUGACGGUCCGGUCGCUGGAUAUAGCCUUCAAUAUGCUCAAAUUCCAUGUUAGGACUUCAACUUGAUCAUUUCUUUAGGUUAAGCAAUAGUUUUAUGUAAGCACCAUUGUAAUGAGCAAAAUGAAAACUAAAUUAUGUUAGUCGAUUAUUUGUCAUUGAAAGAGCUUUUUAUGCCAAUAAUGGCCGUCGCACAAAAAAAUCC